GCUGAGGCUUGUUAAGCUUAAGCAAGAAGCCAAGAGGAUCGGACUUGACUUGGCUUGAUCUCUAAAUAAACUAUGUGUGACACAUAUACAGUGUUGGUGAAUCUUCUAUAGUAGCUGAAAGCAGCCAUUCAACCAGAAGCAUUCUUGCCUAGAGAAUAUAAAAAGUAUGUCACGCCAAUCGAUAAUUAGUCGAAACUUUUCGGGUCUAACCAAGUGCAACCCACCACCGAGUACACUCUUGAGUGGGGAACUCACCAGCAGUAUCAUUAAACAUGCACAGAAUAUUAGUGCCAGCCUUUACCUGAGCUGUGCCAACCGAACCCGCACUUUCUCACUACUCGCCAGAAAUUCGCGGGUCAGUGACCACUGUGGGUGUGAGGAGACCGGUCUUGAUGGAUUUAAAGUUGCAAAGGCCCAUCCCAAUCAGAAGGGUUUUAUGUUGCAGUACCAAAGAUGGAAGAGUGAUUUCUUCAAGAUCACCAUGCCCAAUGACUGGAACUCUAUGUACUCUCCCAACCUGACACAGGAUCUAAGAAGAUUUCUAGAAGAGGUGGGCACGGAUCCGAAGGAGGCACGCUAUUGGUUGAAACAGUUCCAGCGAUUAGGAGGCAGCCAUUCCAAGCCCUUUGCUGUAGUUCAAGUCCAUCAGGAAAUCUUCCAGAAACCUGAUCUGCUUGAAGCAUUGAGCUCCAACCUAGCAUUCCUACAUCGUAAUGAUAUGAAGUUACUGGUUGUCCAUGGGGCUUCUCUUCCAGAUGGAACAAACUUGUCAGAUCAAGAACUACAGGCAAGCCGUAGUCGGGUGACCACUGAUACCAUGACCAUGGUGAACUUUCUUCAAGCCAGUGGUGCUCCUGCUCAUCCACUCUUCUCAGGGAGCAAUGUGUUACAGGCAGAGCCAGUAGAGGAAGGGGCCUCUAAAGGAAGGGUCAUUCAUGUCAACACAGAACCAUUAGAGUGGUGUAUAGGAUCUGGCCAUAUACCUGUAGUAUCAUCUAUAGGAGAAACCUCUAGUUCUCAGUUAGUUAGUAUCGAUGCUUCCCACGCUACCGCAGAGAUUGCUAAGGCUGUACAACCCAUCAAGGUGCUUCUACUCAACAGGAAAGGUGGUUUACUCGAUGGUAAAGGAGAGGUCAUCCCACAGGUUCAUGUCCCAGCGGAUGUAGAAUCCCUUGUUGAUGAGCCAUGGUGCACUGAUACCUGUCAGCACCGGAUCCAUGAUAUCUCCACCAUGCUCCAAGCGCUUCCUUCCAUGUCAAGUGUAGUUAUUACUUCCCCUGAGAGCAUCUUGGCUGAACUGUUCACGCACCAUGGGUCAGGUACUUUGUUCAAGAAUACAGAGAGGAUAUGGAAGUACUAUGAUCUAGAAAAUAUAGAUACAGAUAGACUUUUAAAACUUAUUACAAGAUCAUUUGGUAGAGUACUUAAGAAGAAUUACAUAACUGAUCUUCCCAGACGACUCCAUACUAUAUAUCUUUCUGAGGGAUACAAUGCUGUAGCUAUUAUCACUAAUGAAGAUGAUGUUCAUAAUGUGCCUUACCUAGACAAGUUCUCCAUAAGUCUUCAAACACAAGGUGAAGGGACCAGUGAUAUGCUGUGGGAUUACUUAAGGAGAGACUUUGGCAUGCUGUUCUGGAGGUCAAGAAGUAAUAACCAAAUCAAUCCAUGGUAUUUCAAACGAUGCGAAGGAAGUUGGAGCAACAGUAAAUGGACCGUAUUCUGGUAUGGCAUGGCGGACCCUAAGCUAUCUUACGCCCUCGUUGAGAAGGCGGUAACAAGACCAGCAUCUUUUGUUGAACCAGAGAGCUAUGAGAACGACCUGAUGAGGGAUAUGCCCUGAACAUAUGUCAUGACACAAAAGAGAUUCUAUAUUUUUAUUACAAAAAUAUGUAAAAUUAUAAAAACAAUCAGAUUGAGCUCCUUGGUAGUAUCUUUCAUUGGAAAAUCUGAUGAAUAAUGCACCAGAACAGAAACAUUUUCAGACAUUGUUCAUGAGAAAAUACAUAUUUUUAUGGGAUGUUAACGAGGAAACAAAUAUGUCAUCACUUUUCUUGUUUCUAUCCAUCUUGGUAUUGCCUUGUUUUUGCAUUACUAAUUUUCUCUAUCCAAUAUUAUUUUUAAUUCCAGAGUAUAUGCUAUUGUAUUUUUCUUUUUAUUCAGUUAUUUUGUUUCUUUUUGCAAUAAUAUUUAUUACUUAUUUUUCAAGCCUGAAGAAUUCCCUACCACAAUAUUCCUGAAACUCUUAAGGAUCUUUUACAUUUAUUUCAAUCAUACAUUAAAGAAAUGUGACGUUUUGAAGAUUUCUAACAAAUCCAGUGUUAUUUUAUAAUUUGGCUUUGGCAUGCUGUAAAAUUUAGUGCUGCUCUUUUUUCAGAUUGAAUGAUAUAAUUCAUACAUGUAAUCAUGGUCUGCUUUUAUUGCUCGCUUGAUGCAUUGUAUUGAAGUAAUUUACAGAUAAAUUAUUACCCAGGUCAUUGACUUCAAUUUCUACUCCUUAGGCAGCAUUCUGACCAGGCACCAGUUCAUAACUGCACACAUGCCAAACUACAUUCAGUGACAUUCACAUCAUACAGGGUAGCCAUUUAACACCUGUGUGGAGAGAGGAAAAUGAAGACAAGGUGCCUUGCCAAAUGACAUUAAUUUGGACUUGAGAUUUAUUAUGACUUUUCAGUGGUAAUUAAUUCUCAAUAGUUUUUUUUUCAGUUUAUCAAUUUGUUUUUCUUCAAUAACCUAUUUGUGUUUGUAGCGCUUCAAGCAUUAAUGUAAUUUUUACUAAGCCCAAUGUAACUUAUUUUGAAUACAUAUAGUUUUAGUGCUAUAUCACCUUGAUAAAGAUAUACAUGUGUCACAAUGAAACAGAAUAGAAAUAGAAUAAAAUUAAAUUGGUAUACACACAUUAAUGAUGAUAAUAUUUUGUUUUCAUAUAAUUAUCACUACAUAUGGAUGCUUAGUGCUUACAGAUAGAAAUAUUUAUUUUUUCCUCACUUUUUGGUCAUAUACAGGGUACAGUAUUGUGCAGAAAGGAAUAUAAUAUAUUGUAUUUGUAUCCAAGAAUCAAGACAAUUUAUUUCUUUCUUAUAAAACGAACACAUGUUUAAUUUUGAACAUAGUAAUAACCUUAAGUGAUCUGUGAAUACAUUACAGCUUGUUGUCAGGUUGAAUAAUAUAAUUCAUCAUAAAUGUAAUUAUAUUCUACUUUUAUAAUGCUUUACAGAUCAAUGUUUACCCAUAUCAUUGAAUUCAAUUGCUGUUCCACACAUAAAAUGCACCUCUUCACUCUCUAAGCAGUGUUCUGGCCAUGCGCCAUUUUACAAGCACAUGCAUCCCAAUCUGACGUUCACAUACAGGGUACUCAUUUAACACCUGGGUGGAGAGUGGAAAAUAUAGACAAGGUGCCUUGCCAAAGAACAGUAACUUUGGACUUGAGAUUUAGUAUGACUUUCAAGAGAAAUUCACAAUAUUUUUUUUUUCUUUUUCAGUUUAUCAAUUAAUUAUGCUUCAAAGAUUUGAUUUUGGUUUGUAGCACUUAAAACAUUAAUGCACUUUUUACUAAGCCCAAUACCAAGAUUUAUUUUAUAACUUUUUUUUAAAUCAAUCAUUCGAAUAUAGUUUGCUCAUUGUGCCAUAAUCACCUUGAUAAAGAUAUACAUGUGACUUACUGAAAUGAAAUAGAAAUAGACAAAAAAAAUGCACAUGUGAUUUGUUUUCAUAUGGUUAUUACUACAUAUGACCACAAUUCAGGCAGAAGAUAUAGUUCAAAUAGCAAUAUCAUAGAAUGGAUUGUAUUCAAGAUUCCAGACAAUUUAUAUUUUUCUGACAGAACAAACAAACCCUUGUUCAAUUUCAUACAUAUAAGUAAAACUUAGGUGGUCUUUGAAAACAGCUUUCCAUUGAAGGUUUGAAGAAAGGAUGUUAAAAAAAAUGUACAUUAAAGGAUGGUGGGGUGGGGCAAAUACAAAUCCAGUCAUCAGAAGUUAUAUCUUGCUAUUGUUCUGAAGUGGUCAUUAUUGGAUUUCACUGAAUGACAUAAGAACAGAGAUAUGCUAUUAAAAGUCUGCCAGAUGUAUAAGAACAGACUUAAAUCUACUUAAUGGCAGUUAGAAUUAGUUGAAAUAUUCAAGUUUUAAACAUUUACAAUAUUGCUUUAUGUACAUGUAUAUAGAGAGUGAUAUAGGAGUCUAUGAAGCAAGCUAAUGGUAAAGCAGUUAUUCUGAAAGAAUCAAUAUAUAUGCUUAUAGUAAAUAAAUUCAAAUAAUUAUUUAUUUAUUGAAUGAAUGAAUAAUGCUGUGAUAUAGUGUGUUUAGUAUUUAUAUGAAGACUUUACCAGUAAGAAGUUUGCUGUGCUGUGCCAUAAUAUGCGAUAUUAUAUGUACCAUUCCUUUUUUCAUUCUGUUUAUUUUACGGAUAUGAUUUUUUUUCCAGUUGUAAAUAUAUAUGCACAUUGUGUAAGAAUUGCUCAGCUGAGGAUGUUGAUGAAGGCGAUGUAUUCCGUCUUAAAGUGAUGCUAUUUAAAUUGUAAGACUAGUGUAUAAUCAUUCUGUGUUUGAGAUGUAUUUUAAUAUCACUCGAGCCAGUGAACUAUACAGCAAUCUAAUGAGAUUAUCAAAAUUAUAAUUCGAUACAGUUGAUUUAAUUUAAUUGACGGCAUUAUAUCCAGUACAUCGAAUGUAAUUUCACUGAAAUAAUUGAUUUAGAAUUUAAUUACAGUUUUACAAGAAAGAUGCAUUUUUAAGCAAUGAACAUAUAAACUCAAACAGUCUGUACUCUAUUGUUAUUAAAUUACAAUCACAAAUUAUUUUAGUUGAUUUUUUUUCUCUUUUGAUUUAUAGGUCUGAGAUAUCUUACAUGAAGAAGCUUUUAUACAUCUGUCUAUUAUUGUAUAAUUCAGGCUUAGCAAGCAAUAACAAUUAUACAAGGGUAAAGAAAGGGUCUUUCUCUGAUGAAAAAAUGUACUGUAAAAAUUAAACAUGUUUAGGAUUACUUUUGCCUUCAUAAUUGUGAAACUGCCAGUCAUUAAAUGUUCACUCUUUUUUUAGGUGGGAAAAGUAAGAGUAUUUUGUAUGAUCAUCUAUGAAAGAGUAUAUGAAAAAUGUUUCUGUAACUCAAACUUGAAAUUUCAGCUUUCCUUGUAUUUUGUAUAUGAAUUUAGCUUUGCCUCGAGAUGCAAGUAUGUGCAAUAAUAAUAAUGAUAUGUCCUUCUUUGUGAAACAAGAAACCAAGAAAAGAUAUUUUGUGUACUCUAGCUACAUGUAAAGGUGCUCUUGUUAUUAAUUACACAAGUCUGAAGUAAUAUGUCAUAUUGGUUAUUCAUGCAAAAUUAAACGGAUAUCAUUUCAACUGGGGCUGCCAGCAUUCAAGAUUUAUUUAGUCCCAGCUGAUUCGAUUUUAAGUGUACAUGAUUUGAUAUUCAUUCUACUGUGAGUAGGCCUAACUGUGAGUUUACCUGCAUGCUUAUGGGUAGAUUCAACCAGGAUGAAAUGGGUAUUAAAAAUAUGAAAUUUAUUGUUUUUUUUGUACUGAAUAUAGCAAACAGUAUUGCAGACAGUAUUCUUUUAGAGUAAUUAUUUUUGCCUAGAUUUAUAAUUUACAAGUUUUGCCCAUAUUUUCAAUCUAGUUUUGUAAUGAUACCAUAGGAGAGAUUUAAGUCAAGUUACAAAUUUUAGGCUUAUGAAGGAGAAAUUUCCUUCUUCAUUGAAUAAAAAAGUUAGCUACUAUGAUUGACAGAUAUCUACUAUGGUGUAGUUUACGAUCAUUCCAACAUUUACCGUGUUAACACUUGAUCGGCUUUUGGUUCAGAACCAAAAGCCGAUGCAGAAUCGGUUUUUGGUUCAUCUUGCACUGUGUUUACACGCUGUUACAGCUCGCGGUUCAGAACCGUGUGCCGAUGCAAAAACCUGUAAUGAUACGCACACGAACACUAUA